AUGUCAUCACACACUCCUGCUGAGGACCUUUUACCUGCUUGGAUUUCCCCACUCACCACCCAAGAUCUGCAUCAGCGACCAUUUUCUACUUCAAACUUAAGCCGGUCAAGAGAUGAGUGUGAAUUUAAGAUUUUGGAGAUCGCGCGCGGACUCCAAGAGACUAAUAAAGACUUUCCGUCGGAAGCAAUAACGAUAUUUCGAUUUGAAGAGCGUAUUGGCGGCGCUGAAGCUAAAGCUGCCAUUGUCGAGGCCAAGACCAAAUCGUGGGAAGAAACAGUGUCCCGCUUUAAGGAACAUUAUAUCAGGAUAGAGAAUUUUAGUUCUUCACGGGCUAUUCGUGGUUUUUGGAAAGAAUUUACGAGUUUCCACGUGGAACAUAGCGCCCUUAGGCGAUAA